AUGGGCACUUCGCACGCCAUGACGACUUUGAUCAUUAAUGUGGUCCCGCAGUUUUCUGUUAAGCCACCAAAGAAGAUAGAACGUUAUCAUGGACAUUCAGUUACACUGAAUUGUUCUGCAGAUGGAUCACCAGUACCAACUAUCACUUGGUCAAAAUGCAAAGGAAAAAUUCCAGAGGAACGUACACAUACGAAGGACGGUCAGAUAAGGAUUAACAGUUUGACGGCGAAAGACAGUGGUGUUUACACCUGCUCAGCCAGGAGUGGCUUGCUUCAGGUGGAGACUGAAGUGCAACUUAUAGUUAAAACUGGUAAGCAGUGGCAAAUCAGAAAUGCUGAGAAGUAUACGAUGUUUAAUCUCGGGUUAAGGCAAAAAAAGUGUCAGUUGAAAAGCAUUGUCAAAUGCUCCAACGUUUGCUCACGGCAAAGACGUUUUGGCGUUCGGCUUUCAUUUUGUUUUUAAGGAGGGAGGGAAACCUUAGUACUAAGAUUAUCAUAGUCGAAAAGUUUACAGACAGUUGAGUGCAUAACCAUAUGAAUUUUCUACACAUUCACUUGCUAGUGCAGCUAUUGUUUUAGAGCUUAAAACACUAUUCGCGCUUGUAAAUUACACUUAAAGUUAAUUAAAUUGGUCCCGCGUUUGCAAGCAAAAUAUUUUAGCUUAUUUUCAAGUCGCCCGGUUUACUUGGCAUGCUUUGGAUUAAUAUGCACUGUUUGUAGUUCCACUUUAUUUCGUAUGUUGCAAUUGUGCAUCAGUGUUAAUUAGAAAGUUAGUUAAUCUCUCUGUGUAUUCAAUCCAUAUUUGUAUUAAAUCCAUACUUGUUUAACUUUUUGCAGCCCGAGACUGUGCUGAACUGUUUUCUGUGGGCUUCAAAGAGAAUGGCGUUUACACAGUGAACCCAACAAACAAAACCAGUUUUGAGGUGUUCUGUGACAUGAAGACUGAUGGGGGAGGAUGGACGGUAUUUCACAAGCGCGUUGAUGGCUUUGUUGGAUUCUACAGGGGGUGGGAGGAGUACAAAAACGGCUUUGGUGACGUCGGAGGUGAGUUUUGGCUUGGAAACGAGAAGAUUCAUCAACUGACAGAGAUUUCCAGUCAGCUGCGCGUGGAUAUUAAGACAAGGAACAAUGAAAUUAAGUACGCUAAAUACAGUAAUUUCACAGUCACUAAUCAGGCUACCAACUAUACGCUGUUUGUUGGGUUUUACCCUGGAACAGCAAAGGACAGACUCGCUUAUCAUAACGGCAUGUCUUUCUCCACCACGGAUCGCGAUAAUGACAAGACUAGCAGUAACUUUGCUAAAAAUCGUGCAAGUGCCUGGUGGUACAAUUCUUGUGCCAAUUCAGAUCUUAACGCCCCGUAUGGACACAAUAAUUAUUAUUGGUAUUGGAAUAACCUUUUGGAGAGCGAAAUGAAACUAAAACCUAAAACUAAAUGA